AUGAAUUUUCUGGGCUUGGCGAUAGACUACAUUGUCGUUCAAGUUGGAGAGUUCACCAACAUCGAAGGAGAGACGGCUUUAGUUGAUGAUACGAGCGGGGAGAUUCAAUGGAGUGGAGGGUGGGCUGUCAAGCGCGAUUACCAGCUUCGAGGCAACUGCUCCCUCCCUACAUUCCCUUACUCCCCCAACAACACAAGACCCGAUACUCCGAAAUUUCUGACGACAUUUUUUCCCCAUGGCAACUCCACGCACUCAAGUGCCAAAGCUGGAGAUUCAUUCCAGUUUCUCUUCUCUGGCACCUCCGUUGCUGUCUAUGGUGUGUCUCCCGGCAGUACCGCCACGGACGACUGGGAGCUGAACAUGACGUUCGAUAUUGAUGGCAACAAGGCCAACCAAUCGUACACUGCGAGCUUGCAAAAUGGUGUUGUCGCUCCGCAUUUUGAGUACUUCUCGGCUACUCUCUCGCAAGGGAGCCACACAUUGACUGCGACCAUUGUCAAUGCUGCAGGGAAUGUCCUGCCGUCUGCCCAAAUUGACUACAUCACCUAUGCUCCGGAUUUUGGGACCCCUCAUGACCGACCAAUGUUCCCCGUCCCUUCCUCCAGCUUCUCCGCAUCAUCGACGGCAUCAAAUGUACCGUCAUCUUCUUCAACAAUGAGUGGAAAGAAGGUCGCGGGAGGUGUAAUUGGAGGUGGCGUUGUGGCUGGGAUCAUUGGACUGGUCGGUCUUGUAGCUGUUGCCUGGUUAUUGCGGUCAAGGAUGAACAAGAAACACGCGGCGCAACAAGAACAAAUCGAAAGAGAGGCCCGUUUGGUUGCCCCCGAGCCGUUCUUGGCUCCGAGUAGCCCGAUGAGCAGAAGAGAAAAAACCCUGUCUUCGAAUCCGCCGCUAUCUGGUGCCGGUGGUAUCUCUGUCGCGGGUUCAUCGGCAUCUCAAGCUCCAACAAUGCGCGAGGGGUUUGGGGAGGCCUCUGGCUCUGUGGAUGAACGAGUGAGACAGCUGCAGAUCGAGAUGGAAGGUCUUCGACAUCAAGUACAUAGCCGCGGCUCGUUUCCCUCGACAGCACCACCAGCUUACACAGAUAGCGGACCAGUAGAAGAUUAA